AUGCGACGCUCGGCUUUGCGAAGGCCUGAAAGCCUGACGGAUAAGUACCGCAUUCUAGGCAAAAUUGGCGAAGGUACAUAUGGUAUGGUGUUCAAAGCUGAGGCUUACUCAGCAGCGUUGCUUCCACGUCCAUCUGUUGGUGGAACGAACGCUUCAGAGGACGAGGAGCCCAUGACGUUCGCUAUUAAGCUAGUCAAGUCUCAUAAAGAGGGCAAAAACGACGUGGUUUUGUCGAGUGCUACCAUUCGAGAAAUUAAAUUAUUGCGAGAGCUGCAUCAUGACAACGUCGUCCAUCUCCAUGAUGUGCAUGUGGAUCCAAGGGAGAAAUUAUUGGCCCUCGUAUUUGAGUACGGAGAUCACGAUCUGCACGACAUCAUCGUACAGAGCAAACAAAAGCCUUUGGGCGAGUACACGCGCAAGUCACUGAUGUACCAAAUAUUAAAGGGGGUAGACUAUAUGCACGACGCGUGGGUCAUGCAUCGAGACAUGAAGCCGCAAAAUAUCCUGGUGGUUGGUCAUGGACGUAAGAGGGGUCAAGUCAAAUUAGCAGAUUUAGGUCUAGCACGUAUUUACAAAGAGCCGAUCAAAGCAUUAACUGAUGUUGAGCGUGUAGUCGUGACGCUCUGGUAUCGAGCGCCUGAGUUGCUACUGGGAGCAAAACAUUACACAAAAGCAGUGGAUUUAUGGGCUGUGGGCUGCAUUUUCGUCGAGUUGAUUAAUACCCGCGAGCUGUUCUGUGGUAAAGAGGUGGAAGGGUCAAAUGCACCGUUUCAAAAAGAUCAGCUGGAUAAAAUUUUUAGAGUUUUAGGUAUGCCGACUUCGCAGUCUUGGGAAGGAUUAGAGAAUCUUCCUGAAUACAAUCACCUCGUGCAGAUGGGACGAGAACGAAAGUACCCGACGCAGUCGGAGUUGAAAAAUGCAGUCAAAGUUGGUCCGGGCCGUGCUGGCGCAGCGUUACUUGAUCUCCUUUCAAGACUUUUAGAAUAUGACCCUGAAACACGCAUUACGGCUAAAGAAGCGCUUCAACAUGAGUACUUCAAAGAGAUUGAGCCUGAACCUCGAGAUUGGGCGUUUGAUGAACCUGGCAAAGAACCUGUCUCCUUUCGUACGCAGACCGUUGAACCUGUAGCGGACGAUGCACUUCCUUGGAGAAGCAAAAAAGAAGCUGUCACUGGAGCUGAAGGGGGCGCGUCCAGUCCUUUUCGCGACAAUCCAGUGAAUCGCCCUUUACAACAUCAUAACGACCAUCGUAAUCGAGAGGGAGACUCGCGUAGUCGUAGCCACCAAAGCUCACGAGAUGCACAGCAGCAACCUCAACGACGUAACGAUCGUAACAAUUCUGGAGAUUUUAGUUUUGCACGAGACAAUCGAAAUCGAGGACAACCUGGUGGAGGAAACAUACAAAAUCCAAGCGGGCAGGCAUGGAGAGAUCGGAGCACAGGUCGAAUGCCAAGUUCUGGCUCUAAUUUUGGUCCAGCGGCUGGAAAUAAGCGACCAGGAAAUGGGGAGCGCCCCAUGAGCGGAGGUCGUCCACGUACUCCAAAACAACAACGACGAAGAUGA